GCCGCCGCAGAGAGCGCUCGUGUGCCAGUCUUCUCGCAGCGGGCGUGCGGCCGGCUGCUUGUUGCAGUGCGCGGUGCGAACCAUCACACGCGAGUUCGCGGUCAUAGGCUCGAACGAACAUCGAAAUCGACGGUCAGUGCGAUGACCAUGAUGAUGGACAACGGGGUGAUGUCAAAUAAUUAUGAGUACGACGGGUACAUGGAGCAGGAGGAGGAGUGGGAGCGCGAGGGUCUCUUAGACCCGGCUUGGGAGAAACAACAGAAAAAGACCUUCACAGCAUGGUGCAACAGCCACCUGAGGAAGGCCGGCACCGGCAUCGAGAACAUCGACGAGGACUUCAGGAAUGGCCUGAAGCUGAUGCUGCUGCUCGAAGUCAUCUCAGGGGAGACCCUGCCCAAGCCCGACCGCGGCAAGAUGCGCUUCCACAAAAUCGCCAACGUCAACAAGGCUUUGGACUUCAUUGCUUCUAAAGGAGUAAAAUUGGUAUCAAUUGGUGCCGAAGAAAUCGUAGAUGGCAACCUGAAAAUGACCCUGGGUAUGAUCUGGACCAUCAUCCUGCGAUUCGCCAUCCAGGACAUCUCAGUAGAAGAAAUGACCGCUAAGGAAGGUCUCCUUCUCUGGUGCCAACGCAAGACGGCGCCGUACAAGAACGUCAACGUCCAGAACUUCCACCUGUCCUUCAAGGACGGUCUGGCCUUCUGCGCGCUCAUCCACCGACACAGGCCCGACCUCAUCGACUACAGCAAGCUGUCCAAGGACAACCCGCUGGAGAACCUCAACACCGCCUUCGACGUCGCUGAGAAGUACCUGGACAUCCCACGCAUGUUGGACCCUGAUGACCUCAUAAACACACCAAAGCCGGACGAGCGCGCCAUAAUGACCUAUGUGUCAUGUUACUACCACGCCUUCCAAGGCGCGCAACAGAACACCGCGAUGCCGGACGAGCGCGCCGUCAUGACCUACGUCUCUUCGUACUACCACUGCUUCUCUGGAGCGCAGAAGGCUGAAACCGCCGCGAACCGCAUUUGCAAAGUUCUCAAAGUCAACCAGGAGAACGAACGCCUGAUGGAAGAGUACGAACGUCUAGCCAGUGACUUGCUGGACUGGAUCCGCCGCACCAUGCCCUGGCUGAACAGCCGCCAGACCGACAACUCGCUGGCCGGCUGCCAGAAGAAGCUGGAGGACUACCGCACCUACCGGCGCAAGCACAAGCCGCCGCGCGUCGAGCAGAAGGCCAAGCUCGAGACCAACUUCAACACGCUGCAGACCAAGCUGCGUCUGAGCAACCGCCCCGCGUAUAUGCCCACUGAGGGCAAGAUGGUUUCUGAUAUCGCUGGAGCGUGGAAGGGUCUGGAGAUCGCCGAGAAGGCCUUCGAGGAGUGGCUGCUCAGCGAGAUGAUGCGCCUUGAGCGUCUGGAGUACCUGGCCCAGAAGUUCAAGCACAAAGCCGACAUCCACGAGGACUGGACCAGAGGCAAGGAGGAGAUGCUGCAGUCCCAGGACUUCCGCCAGUGCAAGCUGAACGACAUCAAGGCGCUGAAGAAGAAGCACGAGGCCUUCGAGUCGGACCUCGCCGCGCACCAGGACCGCGUCGAGCAGAUCGCCGCCAUCGCCCAGGAGCUCAACACCCUGGAAUACCACGAGGUGGCCAGUGUAAACGCGCGCUGCCAGCGCAUCUGCGGGCAGUGGGACCGCCUGGGCGCGCUCACGCAGCGCCGCCGCCUCGCGCUGGACGACGCCGAGCGCGUGCUCGAACAGAUCGACCUGCUGCACCUGGAGUUCGCCAAGCGCGCCGCUCCCUUCAACAACUGGUUGGACGGAACUCGCGAGGACCUCGUGGACAUGUUCAUCGUGCACACCAUCGAAGAGAUCUCGGGUCUCAUGGACGCACAUGCUCGUUUCAAGGCCACCCUGGGCGAGGCUGACAAGGAGUACCAGGCAAUUGUAAACUUGGUACACCAAGUCGAGUCCAUCGUGAAACAGCACCAGAUCCCUGGAGGACUGGAGAACCCCUACACCACCCUUACUGCCCACGAAUUGAACCGCAAGUGGUCGGACGUGAGGCAGCUUGUGCCACAGCGCGACGGCACGCUGGCGGCCGAGCUGCGCAAGCAACAGAACAACGAGACACUCAGACGCCAGUUCGCCGAGAAGGCCAACGCCGUCGGGCCCUGGAUCGAGAGGCAGAUGGACGCCGUUACUGCCAUCGGAAUGGGCUUGCAGGGCUCUCUGGAAGACCAGCUGCACAGACUCAAGGAGUACGAAGCCGGCGUUUACGCUUACAAACCACACAUCGAGGAGCUCGAACGCAUCCACCAGGCUGUGCAAGAAGGCAUGAUCUUCGAGAACAGGUACUCACAAUACACAAUGGAGACCCUCCGCGUGGGAUGGGAACAGCUGCUGACGUCGAUCAACCGCACCAUCAACGAGGUCGAGAACCAGAUCCUGACGCGCGACUCCAAGGGCAUCACGCAGGAACAGCUCACAGAGUUCCGCGCUUCCUUCAACCACUUCGACAAGAACCGAACUGGCCGCCUAGCACCCGAAGAACUCAAGUCGUGCCUGGUAUCCCUGGGCUACAGCAUCGGCAAGGACAGGCAAGGAGAGCUCGACUUCCAGCGCAUCCUCGCCGUCGUAGAUCCCAACAACACAGGCUACGUAUCAUUCGACGCAUUCUUGGACUUCAUGACAAGGGAAUCAACAGACACAGACACCGCUGAGCAAGUCAUCGACAGCUUUAGGAUCUUAGCUGGUGACAAGCCAUACAUCACCGCCGACGAGCUGAGGCGCGAGCUGCCGCCCGACCAGGCGGAGUACUGCGUGGCGCGCAUGCCGCCAUACCGUGUGCCCGGCGCGCCGCCCGGCUCGCUCGACUACAUGGCCUUCUCCACCGCCCUAUACGGCGAGACCGACCUUUAGAUCCAGGUCGUAGGAGCAUCGGACGUCCGAAGCCAGCCAUCAGGGAACGCAGCCGCCAAUGCACGAGGGACGCACGCGGCACUGACGUAACGAACCACAAUCAUUAUUUCCCUUAUAUUGACCAAUGGCCCUAAAUCGUCAAUGUAGCGCAAAUAAUUUUUGUAAUGUUUAAUAUUAUUAGUCUUUUAUAAACAGUUCUAUUAAAUACAUAUGUGCAAUGUUCAAACCAAAAAUGCCAUUAACUUUCAUACCAUGGAACUCUUCUCCCUAAUGUCUAGUAACCUUUUGGCUCAAAUCAGAGAAAUCAUUUAUAUGUUUACAUCUCUCUAUUUAUACAUUAUUAGCAUUAGGUAUUUUUAACUUUUAUAUGGAAUUCUCAGAGAAGUCACAAAACUUAUUUGUAAGGUAAAAUGGUGCUAAUGUUAGGCUUGACUAAUGUGUGACACCAAAAUAAGACUCAUACACAUUGUGAGAAUGUUUUUGUUAUAUUUUUUUAUUUGUAAGCAAACAUUUAUUUAUAAAAGUUCAUUUUUUUUUAAUUACUGCCAUUAGUAAUUAUAGUACUGCGAUGGUAGGAGCAUUAUCAAAAUUUAUAAAUGUUGCAGGGAAGUGUCACACAAAUUAUUUAUAUCACAUAGAUUGCCAUAGCUUGCCUGCAUCUAUUUAUUUAUCAUUUGAAUAUCAUUUUUAUAUGAUUUAUCGUUUUUGAGAGUAUUUUGGAAGGAGUACUCAAAAUAAAUGAUCUGCCAUAUUUUCGUCUUUUAAUAAUGACUGCGUUGUUAAUCCAACCAAUUAUAUUAUGAUGAAGGAAGUGGUGCGUAGAAUAAGAA